CUGCAAGAGCAUGGGCGACACCACCUGCCAUUGGACUAUCACAGGAAGAUGGCCGUGUGCUCCGCCCGGCAGAUGCAUGAUGCACCCGUCAAAAUUCCCUGUUAGAGCCCAAUGCUAGUGUCAAGCUGGCAUGCGCGUGCGCUUACUAGCAACGGAGAGAACAGAUAAGAAAGGGCGGACUGCAUCCAGACGAGUGAUCUGGAUGGGCAGUAGGGAUGUUUUCAGCCAGUUUGACUUCUAUGCAUUGUUAAGAGUGGCCAAUGGCUAACUCGCACGGAUCUUGACCCGGCCCCAGACGGAUUGUUCGCUGCCACAAUUCCAGCUCACUGCAAGCCACUGCAAAGCCCUGUAGUGCCCGGCACCACCAUGGACCUCGGCUCAUGCACCCUAACUACCACAUUUUUUGACUGGGUUGAUCGCUCGGGUAGGCCCGUAGCUAGUGCUUGUAAUCGCCAACAUGCAAUUCGUACGCCAACGACGUUUUCUGCUACCAGAACCACCCCCUCGAUAGAGCCUUUGCAAUCGACUGGUAAAUUUUAGCCGUGCGCUUCCUCGGCUUUAGAAAUGCGAUGAGUUGAUUUCAGGCUGCCCGACGCAUGCAGAAUAGAUUUCUGAGCGCUAUGGCAAUGGGUGCAAAUCCUGCAUGUAUCUCUCGGUAUUAGUACCACCUUCUUGCUACUAUAUUCAGGCAGAAAGGCAGCUGAAAAAACAUCCUUACUACUCUUACCUCCCUCCACCCGACUGUUAUACUCUGGGGUCUACCUACUACAACGCUUUUGGGUAUCUGCUAGGAUGUUUAAUGGCAUGGGUGCUUUCUGCAUUAAGCCUGGCGGUAUGUCUUUUCUGAAAGUGCUCUGCUAUUCCCACAGCAUUAUAGUUUCUCAUAUAUAACGUGGCUCAGCAUGCCUGACGUCUCA